AUUGUGACUAAAAAUGGUGCGAAAUUUGAAGACUUAGACAUAGAAGGUUUGUUAGCAGUCAAAGAAAAUUUUGACAGAAAGUUCUCAAACCUUAAAGAAGGCAAAGCAUACAAACUUGUUAUACCUUAUGAACCAAAGAAAGCAGACGACUAUGAAUAUUAUGAGUCUAAGAUAGUUGAAGUUCAAGGUAAAUUGGGUAAAAAGAUUUUAGAGUCUAAGCCAGUGUUUGCUCCUAAAGAGGAAGAGAACAUUGACAUUGACCCAGAAAUGUUCUAA